AUGACCACCUCCACGAUCGCAGCUCAAGCAGCUAUGAAUCUUCAUAGAAAAGUGCCUCCUAGAGAGGUAGAUAUGGUGGCCGAAUGCGUUGCGAAAGCAAACAACAGGCUCUCCCAGUCGUCUACAAACACCACCAACUCCUACAAGAGACGGUCCCAGAACCACGUUGGACCAUGGAGGCUUGGUAGGACUUUGGGCAAGGGAGCUUCUGGACGGGUCAGACUGGCCAAACACACUCAAACCGGCCAACUUUCCGCCGUCAAAAUCGUGCCAAAAUCCGUGAUAUCAAACGGAAAUAAUUCCAAGCAGAACACUGAGAGAGACUCCAACGGCCUGGCAUACGGUAUAGAACGCGAAAUAAUCAUAAUGAAGCUGAUCUCGCACCCUCAUGUGAUGGGACUCUAUGAUGUGUGGGAAAACAAAGGUGAACUUUAUCUUGUGCUAGAAUACAUCGAAGGCGGAGAAUUAUUCGACUAUCUGAUUCGCAAAGGUCGGCUUGACGAGAAGGAGGCUGUGAAAUAUUUCAAACAGAUCAUCAGUGGGGUCAACUAUUGUCACCACUUCAAUAUCUGCCAUCGUGAUCUGAAGCCCGAAAACCUUCUUCUUGAUAAAAACCACAACAUCAAAAUUGCUGACUUUGGAAUGGCAGCUUUGGAGACCAAGGGCAAGCUUCUGGAGACCAGUUGUGGCUCGCCACAUUACGCUUCGCCAGAGAUUGUGGCUGGCAAACAUUAUCAUGGCGGUCCUUCAGAUAUUUGGUCGUGUGGUGUUAUUCUGUUUGCGCUGCUCACAGGGCAUUUGCCUUUUGAUGAUACCGUCAUCAGGAACCUGCUUUUGAAGGUUCAGUCGGGCAAGUUCCGUAUGCCUCAAUAUCUUUCUGCCGAGGCCAAGGAUCUGAUCUGGGCAAUGCUCAAGGUGAACCCAAGCGAGCGCAUCAAAAUGAAGGAUAUCUUGAAACACCCUCUUUUGAAAAAGUAUUCCACCAAAGAAGACCAGAUCUUGGAUAAGUUUAACCACCCCGAAUCGCUGGAUGCCUCUCCCAUUACGGAUAUUGAUAAGGACAUCUUGCUUAAUCUUCAAACUUUGUGGAGAGGAACUGAUAUGACAGAUAUACGGAACAAGCUUAGGGAACAGGGCUUGAACUCCCAGAAAAUCUUCUACAGGUUGUUGCAAAAGUACAGAGAUGAGCAUGCUUCUGGAACGGGAACCACUAACAACUCUUCAAAGAAAAGAAUCCCCAGGUCGGCAUCUAUUGUCACAACAAUCAUUCAUGACGAAAACGGUGGUCAUUCUAAAACUGUGAAGGAGGUUGUCGUUCCUUCAGAAUCCAGGAGGCCGAUAAAGAAGAGAUCCAAGAACAGUCUAAACGUUGAGCAUGGCUUGCCUUCAAAGCAAUCAUCCAAGGUGAUCCCUGCUUCUUCUUCUUCCAAAAAGCCGGUGAGCUUCAAGGGCAAGAGCAUAUCCUCGCAUUCGUUGGUGUCAAAGAAAUCUAUCCAAAGUAUGCGUGGCAGUGUCAAACCCCCUUCAAGGGAUUUGCCCAAACUCCCAGAACUGUCAGACUUUCAAUAUCUAUGCGAUGAGAUCUUUGGAAAGCAAUCUGCUACUGGCUUUAAAAUCUUCCAGGAUGAGGAGGAACCCGUUUCAAAGCCAGAAAUUCUCAGACCUGAGCAGGAAAUACGGAAACUACAGCCGAAUACAAUGAAGAUCUCAAUGGACAAACCUGCGGUGAAGGAGCUUCACAAGAAACCUUCUUUGCUGGCAGCAACCAGAGGUCAAGGUGCAAAACAGGGCUUGAAUACAUAUGUGUCGUCGCUAGAUCCGAGAAGCUCCUCCAAACCGACUGUCAACCGUAAUACCUCUGAUGUUCUCAAAAAGUUUGGAGUUCGUAUGAGUCGGUUAGAUUUGGAUGAGUCUGAGUUCGGCGAUAAACUCGGUGGUUUGCCCAAAAGCUCAACUUUCAAGAGAAGCAUGGUUGUUUCGAGGUCGACGUCCACUAGAAAGCUGAAUACUCUGAUCAACCAACGGGACAUGUCUGUGGAUGAUUACAACAGGACUAAGGACGUUGACAGUGGACACAAUGACUCUACCAAUAUGUCGGUGGACUACGAAUCGUUCACAUUCUUGUCUGCUAAGCAGGUUCCCAUAAUAUUGCCUCAAGACAAGCUGACAGGACCAAGCAUAGACGAACGAUUUGCAGACGUUGAUGAGGACGAGACUAUUUUGGACAGAGAAUCUCAAUCAAAUAGCUCCGAAAUCAGGCAUCACCGCAAGGUCGAGUCGGUAUCAACAGCAGCUUCUGCUGUAGAGAUUCAGCCUUUUCCCGUGGCUCCACAGGUUGAUGAAGAUGUACGCAAAUCGAAGCGGAUUCAGUCCAGAAAGGUGAGAGAGUCCUUCCAAAGCGAGAACAGACUAUCAAGAUUUGCAUAUCUUGGGUCCUUCAUUGACGAGGUUGAGGUGGAAUCCGUGGCCUCUAUGUUUGCGGACCCAGAUGAAGAAUACGAGGAUAUACAUUAUGACGAGGAUUCCAAUAGAAUGAAGUUUCUGCAAAUCGCUCAAAAGAUGUCAGGAGAAUCUGGCGACGAAGAAGAUACUGAGCACAUUGACAAAGACAUCCAAGCCAACGAGCAGGAAGAGGGUGAGGUUGCUGAUAAGGUUGAUGAGCUUGUGGGAAGACCGAAGCCAGAUCUGCCUCAGACAGACUUGCGCCGGAGAUCCACAAUUUUGAAGACGAAAGAUAGGAUAUUAUCGCUGGUGCCCAAACGUGAGGCUCCAGAAUUACCUUCACCUGCUAAGAAGAUCAGCUGGAUUGCGAAGCUUUUCACCUUUCACGCAGAAGGUGCACCAACGGUAACGUUCUCGGGCCAAAUGACGUUCGAGUCGCAGAAGGACUCGGCUGCACUGACGCAGGUAAUGGUCGAUGAGCUGCAGAAGAAGCAAAGGCAGGGGCUCGUCAAGAAUCUACAUAUUGACCGGGAAUAUGGGGUGUUUACCGGUAGCAUUCCAUCAAAGUAUGCAUAUGGACGAGCACUCAAGUUCAAGGCCACAAUUUCGGAUGAGAUGAACAGAUCAACCGUGACAGUUGAGAAGAUCAAGGGAUCUGAUAAAAUGUUCAAGAGUCUUCUGGACCGGGUGCGGGUCAUCUGUUAG